AUGAAGCAGAGAAAAGAUAAUACUGAUAUUAAUGACAUAAACAAAAAGAGAAAAAUCACUCAGGAUAAUACUUUAGAACAUAAUUAUUUACCUAACGACAUCAAGUGUGUCAAUAAUGAUUUAGAUUUUAAUUAUAAUAUUAAGACCCAAAGUGUAGAUGACAACAAAAUACCUGCAAGCAAAAUUAACGAACAUCGUACUGAUUUGGAAUCUCUUUUAAUUAUGAUGGCUAUUGAUUCGAACGUUGACUACAAAGAAAGAGAUGAUAGUUUUCAAAAAAACAUAUUAGACGUGGAAACUAACGAUCAUAAUAAUCAAAUCUCCAGUACAAUUGGAAAAGAGAACGGUAAAAUAUCAGAAGUACUCUGUAUUAUCCCCUUUAGAACUGAAGCCCAAAAUAGACAUAACUUUUUGGGAAAGAAAUAUUUUCAAAAAUGGAAGAUUUUCACCGAUACAAGGAGACAAACAAAAGAAAGAGAAAUUGCUAUUAAUAAGUUUUUCGACAAACUGACGGAGAAAAAGAAUAGUACAAAACAAUCGACUGAAUCUGUUAAUAAAACAAAAUUACACGUUCGAGAUUACAACACCUAUCAACACAGGUACAAAGUGCAAAAAAAUAUAAUUGCUUUACAAAAGAUGAAAUUAAACGAACAAAAUAAAGUUAUAGAACAACUUAAAUAUAAUAAAAUUAUUGAAUCAUCAAAGCAGUCAUUGGAAACAAUGCGAGACGAAAUUUGUAAAACGUAUUACCAAAUUGAUCGACAACUCAAGCCGAAGAUCAAAUGUUUAACAAACGAAUUAAAGAUUCGAGAAAUAGAAGAACCAGCAUUAGUGCUUCACUGUUUAAAAGUGCCGCAAUUUAUUCAACGUAUGGAGAAAAGGGCAAGAGAACGUGAGGAAAAACAUGCUAUGAUUCGAGAGAGACGACGGCAGAUGGAAGAAGAACGCAUUAGGCUGAAACAGCAGACUGAAUUGGCUAAAGCUGAAAUGGACAAAGAAGAAAAGUUGAAACGAAUGAAAGAAUUAAAAGAGAAGCGAAAGAAGGAAAAAAUAGAAAACAUAAGAAAGAAACAACAUGCUGAAAGAAUGAGGGCUCUCAUUGUGAUGGCGGAUAUACAUUAUGAAAAAAAUUUAAUGGCAAAAUAUGGAAUUAAUCCGUUAAGGAAGCUAAUGGCAAUUAAGCUAGAUAAUAUGGUAAAGGCUAAAUCACAUUACUUUUUCCAAGUAAAGAAGAAUGUCUUUUUGCAUUGGAUGUGGUAUACGGAAGAUAUGUGGUUGGAAAGAAAUUACAUAGCGGAAGAUUUUUAUAGAAAGAAAAUUUUACGUAAAACGUUCAACUCUUUUAAACAGAACCAUCGUGAUUAUAAAUUGAAACUUCAAGUGGCCGAAGAUUAUUAUGAUUUAUACGUAUCUCAGUUAGUGUUUCGUGAAUUUCGUAAAGGGAUAGAAUUGAUUAAAAAAGAGUAUGAGAUGAAAUGGUACAAGGCUGAAAUUUAUCAUAACAGUAAUCUACUCUUCAAAACAUUUACAUGUUGGAGGGCGUUACCCGCUUUAAACGCAUUAAUAAGAGAACAAGAAGCCAGAAAAUUAAGAUGGCGGGAAAAAGUGUUGCAAGUUGUGCCAGAUUAUAAACCACCUGAAGAGUAGAGUGAAAUU